UCAAAAUAUAUAAUGCUCAGUCAAAAGUUUUGCACUUUUUUGUGUAAAAUGUCUCUUUACACUUCUUAAAAGUCUUGCAGGAGUUUUUAAGACAUAGCUUCAACCAUUGGCCUGGAUUUUGUGAAGCAACAUGUUAAUCUUGAGAAACUAAUUUCAGUGGUGAAAGACAUAUUAGCAUUCAUUUUAGUGGUGCUUUAAUUGACACGUUUUGCUUGAUCGUUUAAUUUACCAGCUGAAUGGCGCGGAGAAACGGAAGACAGAGGGCAUAUGAGAUUGAGAGGAGAAGAAAAAUGAAAACUUAUGAAUCGGAACCUCAACUCGGAAGCGAUGAUGAGUCAGAUCUGUCUCGGGAAGAUUCGUGCCUUCCAAUGGAUGCUAAAGAUUGUCCUGCCUAUUUAGAUGUGGUUGAAGCACAAAUCCAGCAGCUGAAAAACAUGCAUUACCAGAUUGAAAUUACAGUUGAAAGUCCUAUUUUCAAUUCCAGUAAUGCAGAACAUCCGAUUGCUCCGAUUGCUCAACAAACGUUAUUAUAUAGAGCUGCUCUAAAAGGUGAUUGGAAGGCUGGUAGUGCAUUGAUUUUUCAUAGAUCUGAUGCUUGUAUCGAGGUAACAGAAAGAGGAGAUAGGAUGCUUCACAUAGCUGCCGCCGCCAAGCGAACUGCUUUUGUCUCCAAUCUAGUCGAACACUUAGAAGAAAGAGAGCUGGAAUUGACGAAUAUAUAUGGAGAAACAGCUUUCUAUGUUGCAGCUCGGUCAGAGGUAGUAGAAAUAGCCAACGUCAUGUACGCAAAAAAUAGGCAAUUGCCAAGAAUUGAAAAUAAAUCAGGAAUGACCCCACUUGAAAUGGCAAUUUUUCUUCGAAACAGAAAAAUGGUUGAAUAUCUUUACCGAAUUACACCUUUUGAAGAUCUCAACGCCAAAAAAUAUAUGGAGAUUCUUGCAGCAACUAUCCACAUUGACAUGUAUGAUAUCGCCUUAGAAAUUUUAAAUGCGGUGGAUAAACGUAAACAUACUUCAACAGCAGAAGUAGGAACAUUUACUUCAACAGCAGAAGUCGGAGCAAAAGUAGGAAGUGUUUUACAAAUUUUAGCUCGAAAACCUUUAUCACAAAAUCACGGAAUUCAAGGACAGAUAUGGGAAAGACUUGUUAGCAUCAUUGCUACUAUCCCUUAUAUUCCAUAUUUCAAAAGGUUAUAUAGUUCACUUCAAAUGCGGAGACAAGCCCGUCAAUUAGUAAAGAAACUGUGGGGAAUUAUUCUGACAUUACCGAUAUCCAACAUCUUAGAAAUAAUUCGUAAGACCGAGAUAUUCCAUGCUGCUGCAAAAAUUGGGAAUGUUGAGUUUUUGACUCUGCUUAGUCACUCAUAUCCUGAUCUUAUAUGGAACUUCGACUCAGAGAGAAAUUCCAUAUUUCAUAUUGCUGUUACUAACCGACAAGAGGAAGUCUUUAGCCUCAUCUACCACAGAGGAGUUAGGAAGGAUGCAAUUGCACUACUUGAAGAUAAUAAAGGAAACAACAUUUUGCAUUUGGCCGGGAAAAAGGCACCUCGAAGCAGACUCAAUAUUGUAUCUGGACCAGCUCUUCAAAUGCAGAGAGAGCUACAAUGGUUUAAGGCGGUAGAGAAGAUUGUAGGGCCUCCCUAUCUUCAGACGAAAAACAAUCGCUGCCAAUCACCAAGGGAGUUGUUUACGCUGGAACAUAAGAAGUUACGGGAAGAUGGUGAGAAGUGGAUGAAGAAGACAGCAACUUCUUGCAUGGUUGUGGCAACUUUAAUUGCAACAGUUGUGUUUGCUGCAGCCUUUACCGUACCAGGUGGGUAUAAGCAAGAAAAAGGCGCCCCAAUUUUCUUGAAAGAUGAGUGGUUCUCAGUUUUUGUUACAUCUGAUGCGGUGGCAAUGUUUACUUCAACAGCUUCCAUAAUGACCUUUUUGUCUCUCUUUACUGCACAAUACAGAGAAGAUGAUUUUCUAUUUUCAUUACCGGCAAAGUUGUUGGUUGGGCUAGUUACGCUCUUUGCUUCAAUCGUUUGCAUGGUCAUAACAUUUAGCGCAACCUUCUUUUUGGUCUACAAGGAAGAAAAGCAUGGGACAUUGCCGAAAGUUGUUGCUGCUCUUGGUUUGCUUCCAAUCACUAUAUAUGCAAUGCUAAAUCUCAAGUUAUGGAUUGCCCUGAUCCACUCAACAUUCUUCGCGUCAAGGUUUAUGUUUCGACCACGUCACAACAGGCUUUUCUAAUAAAAGGAGCCACAAUAUUAGUUGUAGUUAUUAUGGCUUUAUUUUUCAAGUGCACGAAUAAGUGAAGUAAGCUUUCUAUUUCUUAUUAA